AUGGCAUCUCUGAAUCAGGAAGUUGGCCAGGACUACGAGGGGUCAUUCGCCUGUGUUGCGGAGGGUGAUGCGAAUCAAAACACCCUCAUCACAUUCACAGCAACCAGUGAAGAGGGGUUAGGCUCCCGGGUCGACAAGGCAAUGACCAAGUCUUAUGAUGUUUCCGGUGGCUUCAAUUGUGCCAGCGCCCCAAUCCCACCACAAUCGAAGGGGGCAGGGAAGAGACAUGUUUGGCGAUCAUCUGCUGAGGCUGAUACUGCUAAGGCCUCCGAGCAUGCUUUUAAGAACCUCCGAAGGGAUGUUGCAGAGCAAGCCUCUCCUAAAUCGUCCGGACAUGGUGAAUUAGUACCCGGUCGAGGAAUGGCGAAGCGACACAAGAAGCCCAAGGACAGUCCAAGUACUUCAGGCUGUUCGAUCAAGUCAUGGGACCAGUCAAUACCGCCGGUCACAGCAGGUGGUGUUGAAGCUCUAUCGUACUUCAACUUCAGUAUUACAACGGGAGUGGAUUUUGCGAAGGGCAAAGGCUGCGAUGAUAUCAAGACUGCGAUGCAAGAUGCACUCAAGGAUGGUCGGUCAAGGUAUGCGCCCAAUUCCGGAUUUGCGAGGUACGAGUGUGUUGAUGAUAUGCACGGCGGCACUUCGUUGCGUUUCACAACUUUGGCUCGACCUGGAGUAACGAAGAAGGUUGAUCAGACACUUGGCAAAGAGUACCCCAUGGUGCAAGGAGGCUUCGGAUGUACCGAGAACUCGCCUCUUACGGAGGAUCGUGCGCCUGUCGCUCCUGCCAACACUCAAUCUUGUUGGGUCUCAAUAUUGGAUCCGCACACUUGGUGGUUCCACUUAAGUAUCGGCAAACCUUGGAACAACGGCGCCGGCUGUAACAAUGUGCGGAUGAUCUUAUCAGGGGAUGUGAUAGCUUUUGCCGUCACAUCAUUCAAAUGCAUCAGCGACGAUGAGGAUGACAACGUCACCAGGAUAACAUUCCCGACAAGAGCUGACUCCAGGACACCGGAUCAAGUCAAUCGUGCAAUGGCCCAAGUCUACCAGAUUUCCGGCGGAUUUGAUUGCGAUAUACCCAAGCCGCUGCGACGAUUAAAGAAGAGGGAACUCCCCCAGGAGCCCAACCACAAGAGGCUUUCUCGGGAUCCCCUGGGUCUCGUCACUUGGGCCUCUGUACCUCAACAGCAGCAUGAUCUCCAGCGUACCAUGGUUCGCGUAGUCACCGACACGUCACAGCGAAAGCGAGAGUUAGCGAUGCACACACAAUCGUGCAAACAAGCACAGUGGCUGGGUGCACCUCAACAGCAGUGGAACUACACAAUCAUCGUAGGAGAGCCAUAUAAUCAUGGCGACGGAUGUAGUGACAUAAUUAAUGGGCUACAGUCGGGCCUCGAGGGAGCCUUGCGCUCAGUCACAUGCAACCCAACGCCGGACGAUAACACCAUAUUGGAAGUUGAGACGACGCACGACACCAAAGCCAGUCCGAAGUUGAACGCAGUACUGACACAGAAGUACAACGCCGUAGCGGGUGGUUUCGACUGCUAUACUGACAGCCCUGGUGAUAAGCGAGCUGUGGAACGAGAUGCAGUCCAGGUGUAG